UCUGAUUAUACUGGAAUAUGUUCAUGCUUUUAGCGAAUCUGUGAGUCUAACCGCUUAUUUAUUUUCCUAAGCGAGUGACAAAAGCAGCCUCGCUGUGACGUCAGAUUUUAGUAAUAAUCCUGUUUUCCCUUUUGUGAGAUUUUUAUCACACCACAGUGGAUAACUCUGUGUCUCUCUGAGGUGAGAUUGAUGGAUUUUCAGGGUUUUUAUCAGCUGUUUUUGGUGUAAAUGACCUCUGUGGAGCGGUUUGGUCCUGCAACAGCUCAGUGCAGAAAGUGAAAGUUAACAGAGAGUGCAGACAGACAGAGGGACAGGAGGACAAGAGGACAGUUUGUUUUUCAGAGCUCACCUCCUAUAGUUGAAUGACCAGAUGAACAAACAGCAGACAGACGUCCACAGUGGGCCUCAGCUCCUCUCUGUGAUGAAAACAGGAGGAGAUGUGACUUCCUCCUGCAGCGUCAGACUCUUCCUCAUCCUCCCUCUAUUUAAGGACCCGGACUGAAGAUGGGACUGUCUCCUGGACCCUCCUGACACCUGCACCAAGAGACUUCUGCAUGAAACCAGAGCCGAGCCCUGCUGGAGAGUCUCUGGAGCUGCAGAAGAUUUAAGACACCAAUAUGUCAGGUAAGUUUAUUUGUUAUAAAUGAUUUGUGAGAAAUACAAGACUUGCUUCACACAGAGCAGGUUUCUUAUUCCUCAGAGAGUCUUUCUGUUCGAGUUGCUAAAUCAUAAAGAACACAGUAAAGUGACCCAGUUUGACCUGAAACCAGAAGAAACUGCUCCUCUCCACUCUCUGCAAACAGAAAUGUAACUUUGCAGUGGAAGCUGGUGCAUGUCUUAAACUGCAGAGGAAACUUUUGAAACAUAGACAGACCGAACAAUUAGAGAUAGAGUUUUGCAGCUGCAUAAGUAAUUUUGACGCUAUAUUCAAGAUCUGCAUCAGUUUGUGCAACAGCUUUAAUCUUGUAGAGAUGCAGAUAGAAAUUGAAUAUACAGCUAAAUCUUUUAGUUGUACUUGAGUUUGUUGAUACAAUUUUUUACAUUAUCUUCUUAAGAUAUCACACAUGCACAUGCGUAGGGAUAAAAACAAUCAUUUUGCAGCAGGAUGAAGGCUGUACAAUGAGGAAUUAUGAAAGGGAAAAUGCACGGAUAGAAAUAAAAACACAAAUAUCUUAAAAAUAUUGGAGACAGAUUUAAGAUCCCACUAAAUAAAAAAAGAAACUGGUCAGGAAGGUGAUUGAAAAGCAACAUUUAUUAGUAAUGCUAAUCAACAUAACCUUGAUUGCAUUAUUCUGUUGUAAUGUCAAGAUUAAUUAGAGGAAAUGACACCGAGGAGGAAAGAAAAGUGAAAAUAAAAACUGUGAUUUUUGUGCAAAUGUUUCCAAAAGGUUGAAGACUUUUUGUUGAUUCAGAUUUUUAGAUGCAAGGGAGGCGUUUUGUAUUGUUAUGCAUCAUAUGUCAUGGAGACAAAAAUCAUUACAGAUCAAUCAGCUCAUUUGUGCUGAGACAAACAGCUCUAUUUUUGUUCCUCGGCGGCGUGGUGUAGGAUCAGAAUAUUAGUUGUUGAUUAUUUUUUGCACUGAAAUGUGUCUGACACUGUGGAAACCUGCCUGUGAGGCGGUAUAUACGGUGACGUAUACCACUAGACCAGCUGCACUCCGCCUGUGCUGAAAGCUGACCAGUUUUGAAUCAGCGAGCUUUCAGCGCACUUUCAACACAGCCGGCGAGCUCACAAAUGUCACUGAGCCAGCUGACUUUGUCGACACCUCCCCCUACCGCGUCACCACGCCCAACUUGGUGGACCUCAGUGCAUCUCAGUCCACCGAAAUACCAAACUGGCUGUGCACCGGGCUCCGCCAGAUAAAAAUACAACUUUGCAAGGUCCGCCACCCUCCGCCGCGCCACCGGCGGGCACAAAAAUAGAGCCAAGCGUGUUUGUGAUACUUUUAAGAUGCUCAGAUGUAAGUUUCAAACCAGCAUAAUCUUAUUUCAAACCUCAUCAUUGGCUCCAAAACUCCACAAAAGUGACAUUGUUUUAUUUAUUUUCAUAUUCAUUUAUUUAGUUAGUGAUCAAUAGUUUUCAAAGCUGCGCACUGCCAGGUGUAGCUGUCUUACAUUUUGUGUUAGCAUGUUAUUACCUGACCUGCUAAAGUGAAAAAAGUUUUAGUCAGUUUUGGUCAGCUCCACAGCUACAACAGAGCUUGAGUUAUUAGAAUUGCAUUCCUUUAUAGCAGUGGUUCUCAAGUCCAGUCCUGGAGGCCCACUGUCCUGCAUGUUUUGGAUGUUUCCCUGCUACAACACACCUCAGUCAAAUGAUCAGCUCGUUAUCAAGUAAUGGCUUAAUAACGAGCUGAUCAUUUGAAUCAGGUGUGUUGGAGCAGGGAAACAUCAGAAACAUGCAGGACAGUGGGCCUCGAGGACUGGACUUGAGAACCAAUGCUUCAUAGUGACCUGAAGCUAUCCGAAUUUUUUUUUUUUUUUGGGGGUCAAAUGACUUGCUUCGCUUAUCUAAAAUUUUUCUGCAAGUUCUAAACUUUUAACUUCCAGCAAACGCUCAAAGAUGUCAAUUAUCGUUAAAUACACAUUUUUUGAUCUACAUUUUCAACAUUCACACAAGUUGUCUCGAAUGUCUUGCUUAAAAUUUGAUGCAAAUUGAUACACAAGCUUAAUUUCAAGUCUGAAAGUGGCGAAGAUCCAGACCUAUUGCUGAUAUAUACCAGUUUAACCCUUACAAACUGUUAGGGGUCAAAUUUGACCCAUUCUGACUUUUAACAAAAAAACUACCCUAAACGUCAUUCUUUAAGCCUGAAACUUGUUGACUUUUCCUGAAAUGGCCCAAAAUACACAAAAUUAAUUUAAAAAUAUUAAUGUGUAUUUUUGUACAUGUGCUACAUGUACCAGCCCCCUCUGAGGCUGUUACGGGUCAAAUUUGACCCGUGUCUAUUUAAUGGAUUUUAGAUCUAGCAGUGUGGGACAAGCGACAAACAGUGAGAACAGUGUUCAAUAUUUGUUGUUCAGUAAAAUAUAUUCAAAUCACUAUGACUUUUAUAUUCUUUUAAUUCUUACAUAAUAUUACAUGAAAUUUUCCUGUGUAAUAGAUAUUCUUCUCCAGAAUAUAUUUUUCACCAAAAACGAGUGGUGUUAAAACUUAGAAAAUACACUUUCCCAGCUCUUUGAAACAUUUAGUAAGGACUAAUCAAUAAUUUUUGAAAUAGCAUAGGUCAUUUAAACAUUAUGAAUAGGUUUUGGGUUAGAACUUUGGUAAAAAUGCUUGCUACAUGGGCAAUUCUUGGGCUGGGUCAAUUUUGACUCGGAGGAUACUGUGAGGGUACAGGAUUUGAACAGGAUGUGAGAGUUAAUUCAGUCAUGUGACCUCUCUCCAUCAGGUGAGGCCUUCGUCACUCUGGUCACCACAGACUCCUACUGUAAGGGGGCGAUCGUGGUGGCCAGGAGCCUGAGGCGUCACUGCACAACUCGCAGGAUCGUCGUCAUGGUAACGCCCAACAUCUCAAAGCGGUCCAGGUGUGUCUAACAUAUAACUCUCACCUUCAUUGAUGGUCUCUGUUAGAGCGCGUCUUUAACCCUUCUCACACCUCACCAGGCUGACCCUCGAGGACGUGUUUGACGAGGUGGUCCUGGUGGACCUGAUGGACAGCCAGGAUCAGCUCAACCUGGCUCUGCUGGGACGGCCUGACCUUGGGAUCACCUUCACCAAGAUCCACUGCUGGACUCUGACCCAGUUCAGCAAGUGUGUCUUCCUGGAUGCAGACACACUCGUGAGUCCAACGAAUAACCACACAGCCUGCCUGAACUAGCUCACAGGUGUCACUAUUUUCACCUCUAACCAUCUGUCUUUGAAAAGAAAAUGAUAAACUGAAAAUUAUUCCGCAUAUUAAUCGAUUUAAAAUCUGUAAUCUGCAUGUUUAAGACUCCAGCUGUGAAUUUGUACAGACAGCUGAACUGAGCUCAGUCAAAAUAAAGUGACAGAACUCCAAAUCAGAAACCUACAGAACAUGAUGUGAACAUGUUUACGUACAUUUUUACCUCCACGUAUCUAGCAGUCAAUAUUUACUCUUUAGAUUCACAACCUUCAUGUUCUGAACUGUCGGCCAAAGUCUCUGCGCAGGUCAAAAACAGUCAAACCUAAUCGUAUAGAAAUCAAUACCAACAUGGAUGUCUGAGGACAGGCUCUGGACAUGUUGUUACUGCGGCGUCCGUCUGUGUUUGUUCAGUGUAAACAUGUUCUCAUGUCAGGACACACAUGUUUGAAGAGGGAGGAGGUUGAACUGAGCUGACGUGUGAAUGUACAUUUGCGUGUUCUCAUGGUUGUUCCUGCAAAAAACAUGUUUCUCUUUUAGAUCUUAAGUAAAGGAUUGUGCUUAAUGCUUUCCAAUAACCUCCAGUAGGUUUUGUAGCUGACCCUGCUCCACCCUGUCCCCUUCCAGAUCUUGAGUAACGUGGACGAUCUGUUUGAGAGAGAAGAACUGUCUGCAGCUCCUGAUCCCGGCUGGCCUGACUGCUUUAACUCGGGCGUCUUUGUGUUCAAACCGUCUCUGCAAACUCAUGCUGCCCUGAUGCAGCACGCCCUGCAGCACGGCAGCUUUGAUGGUAACUCCAGUGCAGAUCCAGAGUCAUGAUCUGUGGAAUCAAGCAAUGCAUGUUGUUAUUAAUUCAAGUUUGACAUGAUUUAUUUACCCUACAUGCUCAUGUGAGGAGGGGACCAGGGUCUGCUGAACUCUUUUUUCAGUGGUUGGGUGGAUGAGGACAUCAGCAGGCACCUGCCGUUCAUCUACAAUCUCAGUGCCAGCUCCGUCUACAGCUACCGCCCUGCUUUCCAACAGUAAGGGUCUUAACCUGGCACAGAUCUCGUUGUCAUUUUAUGCCUGGUGCAGUCGACAUUUGUACAACUAGCACCUGCUCCUUGACCAGCCAAUGCUUUGCACUCACAUCUCGGUCAAAUGAGGUGUAGUUGGGCACAAAUGUAGCGUGCUGCUAUCUUGAGGACAAGGAAAGUGUCUGUACCUUAAACUGACAAAAACCUGGUCUUAAGUCUAAAGUCAAUGGUGCAGCACUUUCCAAGUAUCUAGAGGGUGCAUUAGCAAGACAGUGAGACCUGCAUCUGUAUUUCAUACACAUACUGUACAUAAGAUGCACAACAGUGCUCACACCUACAGUGAAUAUAAAAAGUCUACACACCCCUGUUCAACUGCCAGGUUUUAGUGAUGUAAGAAAAUGAGAGCAAGAUAAAUAAUUUUACAACUUUUUCCACCUUUAAUGUGACCUAUAACCUGUACAAUGCAAUUGAAAAACAAACUGAAACCUUUAAGGGGAAAAUAAAAAAUAGAAAAGUUUAAAUAACCUGGUUGCAUAAAUAUACACACCCUUAAACUAAUACUUUGUUGCAGCACCUUUGGCUUUUAUUACAGCACUCAGUCUUUUUGGGUAGGGGUCUAUCAGCGUGGCACAUCUUGAUGUGGAAAUAUUUGCCCACUCUUCUUUGCAAAACUGCUCCAAAUCUGACAGAUUGUGAGGGCAUCUCCUGUGCACAGCCCUCUUCAGAUCACCCCACAAAUGUUUGAUGGGAUUCAGGUCUGGACUCUGGCUGGGCCAUUCCAAAGUCUCAAUCUUAUUCCAGUGAAGCCAUUCUUUUGUUGAUUUAGAUGUGUGCUUUGGGUCAUUGUCGUGCUGAAAGAUAAAGUUCCUCUUCAUCUUCAUCUUUCUAGUAGAAGGCCGAAGGUUUUGUGCCAACACUGACUGGUAUUUGGAACUGUUCAUAAUUCCCUCCACCCUGACUAAGGCACCAGUUCCAGCUGAAGAAAAACAGCCCCAAAGCAUGAUGCUGCCACCACCAUGCUUCACUGUGGGUAUGGUGUUCUUUUGGUGAUGAGCAGUGUUGAUUUUGCGCCAAAUAUACCUUUUGCAAUGAUGCAUAAAAAGUUCAACUUUGGUUUCAUCAGACCAUAACACAUUUUCCCACAUGUGUUUGGGAGAUUUCAGAUGUCUUUUUGCAAAAUUUAGCCGGGCUUUGAUGUUUUUGUUUGUAAGAUAAGACUCCCGUCUUGCCACCCUACCCCAUAGCCCAGACAUAUGACGACAGUGGGAGAUUGUUGUCUCAUGUUCUACACAGCCAGUACUUGCCAGAAAUUCCUACAGCUCCUUCAGUGUUGCUGUCGGCCUCUUGGUAGCCUCCCUGACCAGUUUUCUUCUUGUCUUAUCAUCAAUUUUGGACGGACGUCCUGUUCUUGGUAAUGUCACCGUUGUGUCAUAUUUUCUCCACUUGAUGAUGACGGUCUUUACUGUGUUCCAUGGUAUAUUUAAUUCCUUGGAAAUUCUUUUGUAGCCUCACCUGACUGAUAUCUUUGAAUAAUGAGAUCCCUCUGAUGCUUUGGAAGCUCUCUGUGGACCAUGGCUUGUGCUGGAAGAUGUGGCUCCAAAAAUGUCAGGAAAAGCACCUAGAACAGCUGAACUUAAUUUGGGGUUAAUCAGAGGCACUUUAAUUGGGGACAGAUGUGUGCUGACUCCAAUUUAACCUGAGUUUGAAUGUUAUUGGUUAAAUCUGAACACAGCCACAUCCCCAGUUAUUAAAGGGUGUGCACACUUAUGCAACCACACGAUCUCAGUUUUUUUUUUUUUACUUCACCUCCCUGAAAGAUUUCUGUUUGUUUUUCAAUUGUGUUGUACAGGUUAUAGGUCACAUUAAAAGUGGAAGAAGUUGUGAAAUAAUUUAUCUUGAUUUAAUUUUUUUACAUGACAAAAACCUGGCAGUUGAACAGGGCUGUGUAGACUUUUUAUAUCCACUGUACCUCACCUCUGUGCUGCACAAGCUAAAAAAAACAAACUCUAGACUGAGACUGUCGCCAUACUGUUUAUCAUGCACACUCUCAUUUACACACAGAGACAGACACAUGAUAUGACAGGACCCACACAGUGUCCUGUGGGUAAUUUUGAGGGCAAUCAAGUUAAAUUAACUAGAUUGAGCAUGACCUGUUUACGUAUAAAGGCUGAUAUCUAUUGUGUAAAUCGUAGGACCCCAUUGCUUGCAGGCACACUUUACUAUUAAAGUAGAUGAGAGCAGACACUGUGAUUGGUUUGAUUCAUUUCAUACCCAAACAUAUCUACGAAUAUCUAGGGGACUUAAUCCAAUCUCUCUGCACCCUGACCCUCACUCAGCACCCAGACUGUGUACUGUCAGACUUGCAAGAUGUCACUGUGAUCCAUACACUAAAGAACAUGCAUGUUAGAUCAUUUAAACGGGUACAUUUAGCAUGUGUUUGCAGUUAUAGCUUUACUGCGUUAUGUAAAUUUGAGAAUAUAGUUUAACACAUUAAUGAUUACCUAGUGAACUGCAGUGAUUGAGAAGUGUAAUCUUGUGUCUUUAUUUCAGUUAUCUAAAGGGGAAUUCCGCUAUUUUUAAUCCUACAUGCUAUUGCAUCAGUUACAUAUCCAGUGAAGAAGAAGAGAAACUAAAAAAGGGUUAGGAUGACUGGAAAAAACACCAGCCUUAAAUUUAGAGGAGCCCCAAUGGUUUAAUCUUUCAUUCUUAGCCUUCAUAAGUACGUGUUGUUUUCUUCCCUCUUAUUCUGCAAAAACACGCUCCACUGAUGAUUAUUUUUCUCCAGGUUUGGCCACAAUGCAAAGAUCGUCCAUUUCAUCGGAGCGGUGAAACCCUGGAACUCCAGCAUUCAGAGUAGCAGUGGCUCAGAGACCAUGACGCAGUUUCUGGCCCUGUGGUGGAGGGAGUUUAACGAUCAUGUGAAGACAUCGCUACCUAAGGGGAAAGAAGAAACAGACACAGAGCAACCAAAAAAGGUGAAACUGUCUUCAGGAUCUGGGCUCUUUGGGAUAUUUUCAGAUGCACAGUGGCUCGGUGCUGGUGUCCAGAGAGCCGAUGGUGUGCCACAUUUGGCGCCCGCUCUGCAGAUUAUCCUCCAAACACUUGAGCACAUUUCACUGAUGACUUCCUCCUCUUUUGCUGGAGGUCUGUUAAUCAGUCUCAUAAGCUUCUGCAGAGUUUGGCCCAAGCAAUAAAACAUGCAAACUGGCAGCCAAAUGCGACACAUGGCUGCCUGGACUGGUCCUGGUCCUCAUCCCAGCACUCAACAUCCUUUUCUGUUUUUUUUUUUUUUCAGAUCCCAAAAUCAAAGAGCAAAACAAGAGCGGUGGUUCGAAAAACCGCGGACAGCUCCAAGUCCAAAGUGGUGGUUCGAAAAACGGCAGACAGCUCCAAGUCCAAAGUGGUGGUUCGAAAAACUGUGGACAGGCCUAUUACUCGGUUACCACCAUUUAGACUGCCAUAUGAGGGGUUUCAGACACCGACUCAACCGGAGACUGUGAGAGCGAGGACUGAUCUGGUAAUAACACCUCUAUCUUUAUGACUCUUUAUUUUUAUUACCUGAAAAACACACAAUGAAAGAUACAACUGUUACGGAGGGCUGUUUCAAAUUCUAAUUGGCAUUCAAACCUGGUCGCACCAAAAUUUCCAUGGCUGUUUCAUGCCAGUUUAUUUUCAGCUCAGAUUACAAAACUCAGUGACAUAAGAAAACCUUAUGAGAAACAAUGUUCAGUGUUACAUGAAAAAGUUAACUGUCCAACUAACAAUCAAGAGACUGUGCAGUUGAAUGUAGGGAGCAACAUUGGCUAUGUUCACACUGCAGGUCAAUUCCGACUUUUCAACUAUAUGUGACACAUGUCAGAUUUUUUCAUGUAAGUGUGAACAGUGCAAUUCAGAUUUUUUCAAAUCCGACCCAGGCCUCUUUUGUAUGUGGAUAUAAAUCGAAUAUGUAUCCGAUGUGACUGCAGUGUGGACACUCAGGUUGCGUUCAUCUGAACUAUACGUCAUCAAUAUGCGACAAACUUCACCAUUGUUCGACAACACAAACGGGCGCAGAAAGCAAUUUGUGCUUUGUGCGCAUUCACAAAAAGAUCAGAUCAUCAUAACCUGCAGUGUGAACUUAGCCAAAGAAUCAUGAAUCAGAGAGACAUGAUUCAACCCGACCGGACGUGAUAAUCUGCACUACUGUCACAUGAGACAGUGUAAUACAAGACCGUGUAUGGUGAAAAAUAUCAGGAGACAUUUGAACUGGAUUUAACCUGAAGAGGCACAGCCGUGUGUGAGACGGUUUAACAAGAGGGAUGUAUCUAUGCUGUAAAUCUAGUGCAGAUUAAAUUUUUUAGGGAAAUAUAAACAGUUUAUUACGGAGGUAUAUUGCAUUCACCAAGAAAAAAUAGAAACAAAACAAAACAAAAGUGUUUUUCAAACUAAUUUUUUUUUUCUGAAUAUUUUUUCCCCUGUUUUCCUUUUUUUAUUAUUCAUUAUAUUUUUUAUUUGUUUUUAAGUCUUAACAGUUACAGUGACAGGGCACAACAAUUCAUCACAUUCAUAAAUCCUCCUUAUAUCAAUGUCCUUAUUAUCCAGUGAUAGUGGUGGUGUCUUCUUCUGUCCUCCUGAAUUCAGUCCAUUUUUCCCACUUUUCUGUAAAUUGGUGGUUCUGCUUUAUACCAAAAUCUAGUGAUUUCCUUUUUACUUGCAGAUAAUAAUAUUUUAACCAGGUACUCAUCUUUUCUUUGUAUUGUAUCAUUUAAUGAGUUUCCUAAAUACAAUAAUUUAAAUGUUUUUGGUAUCUGAUAUCCUAUUGUUUUUUGCAGACUUUUCCUAAUUUCCUCCCAGUACUCUUUUAAUUUUGGGCAAGACCAGAACAUGUGAGAGUGGUGUGCAUCAAUGUGUCCACAUGAUCUCCAGCAUGGCUGUGGUGUACAUACAUAUUUCUUCCUAAUCUUUUCCCCUGUUUUUCAGACUAAUUUUUCUGUUUUUCAGACUGAUUUUUUCUGUUUUGUUUUGUUUUUCAGACUAAUUUUUGUUCCCUCUUCUCUGGGAUCAUGAUCAUUUAAAAACAGACGCUUUGAUUCCCCUCUGCUCGAUUUAUUGGAAGCAAACACGGCCCACUUGUUUAGUUCAAUCAAGUUUUACUUUGUUUUGGGUUUGAGACACUGCUAGAUACUCCUUUAUUUAAGUCAGAUAGAGCAGUGGUUCUCAAGUCCAGUCCUCGAGGCCCACUGUCCUGCAUGUUUUGAAUGUUUCCCUGCUCCAACACACCUGAUUCAAAUGAUCAGCUCGUUAUCAAGCCAUUACAGAGCUUGAUAACGAGCUGAUCAUUCGAAUCAGGUGUGUUGGAGCAGGGAAACAUCCAAAACAUGCAGGACAGUGGGCCUCCAGGAGUGGACUUGAGAACCACUGAGAUAGAUGGAAUCGUCAUAAGUUUGUCUACUUUCCGCCGGCACCUCAGGAUUUUGAAGUAACUCAUUUAGUCAAAAAAAAAAAAAUCAUCUGAAAAACAGAAGACGAAAAAAAAAUGUUACGAAAAACAGAAUAAAAAUUCUUCUGAAAAACAGAAAGAGGAGGAAAAUAUUAGUACAAUAAACAGAAAAAAAAUUGUCAAAAAAAAAAGAAAGUAGAAAAAAAUUUGUCCGAAAAACAGCAAAGGAAACUUCACCUGUUAAAAAAAGCUCUUCAGAGAAACCUCUGCAGAGUUAAAAUUGCAUAUUUUCAGUGAAGCCGAGCAGGACGACAUUAGAAAUAUUUGCUAAUCAAUAGAUUAAUUAGCAGUAAUGAAUAAGCGUCUGAACGGGGUUGUUUGUGUUUGUAAUACAUCACGGUGAUGAUUAGAGCGGGUUAUUAGGCGGCUCCAGUGGCUCCUCUUAGUUCCAGCAGAGGAGAUGGUUAAUUUAUGAGAGUUUCUGCUUCACUGCGUCUGAAUCCUGCAGGAAAAAAAAAAAAACUGCUUAUUAUCAAGCACAGGCCUCUGAGCUCCUCUCUGCCCUCCUCUCAUUUGUUUCACUCCGUCCUACGUGAUGCAUCGUGUUUAAACAAGCUUGUAAGAUUAGCUCGAGCAAAUACGCCCUGCAGAGAGACAGCAGACGAUGACACGCAUCAACUCUUGUAUCUCUGACAGUAAUGCAGAUAUACAAGAAAUUUCAAUCACAACGUCUACGAUAAUGACCAUGUUUUCUGCAGGUUCCAAACACAGAUGAUAAAUCACCACAGCCGGAGGAAGAGGAGAAGAAAGAAGAGGAGGAGAAGAAGGAGGAGCCAAAAACACCUGUGCUGAUAGAGAUCCAGGAACCACUUGUUGAAGAACAGGAAGAGGAGAUGGAUGAAGAAGUGGAAGAAGAAGUGGAAGAAGAAGUGGAAGAAGAGGAGCUGGAGGAGAGCGAUGAGGCCUCAGACGAGGAAACAAGCUCCGUAUGUAAAGCUUUCUGACAUCUGCAGCACUGUGAUUCUCAAAGUUAGGUUAACGGCAGAUUCAAGCAGCUUUUAAACAUCAAACUUUUGUUAAUUAUUAACACCACUUAAAGAAGCAUAAGGGAGACAAGUUUUUUGAAACGCUGAUUUCUUUCUUCUUAGAGACAGUUUUUGAACCCGGCACAGAUCAGAGCAGAGAGCGGAUAUAUAGACAGUAACAAUAAAGCCAGGGCCGGUUCAAAGCUUCAUAAAAGGAAGUGAUUUAGGAGGAGUGACAGUCCUACAAGUCUUUCCUUUAACAUGCUGAGCGGAGAGGUUGAACCUGCAGACAGUUUGAUGUCUCACUGAUAAAUUCUCUUUGAAGACUGACUUGUUAUUCUCCUCUUCGUCACCGUAGACGGAUGGAGUCACGGAGGAGGAACAGUUGGAACAUCGUAAGCAGUGGGAGAUUGGGAAGGCUGACUACCUGGGCCGAGACGCUUUCCAGAACAUUCAGAGGAUGCUGGACCGUUUCCUGGAUUAACCCGACUCUGUGACACUGAUAUGACCUCUGACCUCUGGUUCUCCCUGACUAAACCCGGCUGUAGCACACUGACUGUUUGCCCUGGCUAUGAUUUCAGAAGAAAAACACACAAAAACUCAUAAAUGCAUAAAUUUAUUGCUCUGUACCUAUGUUUAUAUUUCACUUUUUAGACUCAUUACUACACGUCAUGGUGCAAUAAAAAUUUCACAACACCA